AUGGCGAAUUCUGCAUCUGGAGAUUGCGUUGAUUUUGAUCGUGAUUGCGAGCGUGUGUUUCCUUCUGGAGUUCGUUUGGUUGAUUCGUUGCUUCAACAAAUGGAAAAAAAGGAUGAUAUUGUUUAUUUAGAAGCAGAAAAGUCUGAAUUAAAGGAUAAAGAAUUUAAAUCUGAAGAUGAAGCUUUUGAAGCGUAUAAUGAAUAUGCUUUUAGGAAAGGUUUUGGAAUUCGAAUUGGGAAAAGUAAGAGAAGAAGAGAUGAUUCUUUUUUGAUGAAAAGAUUUGUUUGUUGUAAUGAGGGAUUCAAAGAUAAUAAGUGUAAGAAUAAAAGGAUUUAUGAGAAGUUGGAUCAUCGAACUGGUUGUUUAGCUUUUGUGCAGUUUCAUAUUGAUCAUUUAGGGGUCUAUACAUGUACAAGACAUGAAAUGGUUCAUAAUCAUGCUAUGAUUCCUCCUGAAAAAAGGCAUUUGAUAAGGUCUCAAAGGGAUGUGAAUAAAGAGCAACUUUUUUUCAUUCAACAAUGA